GUUGAGGGAGCUAAAGGUGAGUGUUGAGAUGGGUUACCUAUAUAACGGAUGAGAUGUGGAUUUUUCGCCCCCUUGGAUUUUGUUGCAAGUUUCACAGCUUUUUUAUUUCUUUGUCUCAUAAGAAAUGGCUGAGGCAUCGUCAUCGUCACAUCCAGCAAGGAAGAGAAGGCCCCAUAAAAGGAGUCGACAUGGCUGUCUGACAUGCAAGCAGCGGCAUAUUCGAUGUGACGAGCUCAAACCGGUCUGCACCAACUGUCUGACACGUGGAGGGGAAUGCGGUUAUGCUGCUGAAGGAGCUAGGGGUGCAUCUGAUUCCCCUUCGUCGGCAGCUGCAACAAUGCAACCGCCUCUGGUAGCGUACCCAAGCUCACCGGCAGAUCCAUUUGAUACAUUGCCUAUCAAAAUGCCAUAUCGGUCGUUGGAGCUGUUCAAUCACUUUGCCAACUAUCGGAUCUUCAGCCGGACGGCUGUACCGAAGAGUGCGAGUUCCCAGUGGUUAGUUACAUCCUCCUUACUUGACAAGAAUGGGCAAUAUAGCUGAGAGAACAGUGUCGGAAUCGCCCUCUCCAAUCCAGACACGUUUCGAGCCUGUCUCAUCAUGAGUGCGCUGCACUAUUCCCGAAUCAGUGGCGGCCUAAGGGAGUCCGAGAUGGAAGAGACGUACUUGUAUCACAAGCUCGAGGCGAUGAGGACUCUAAACAGCAAAGUUACAGACUUGGAAACGUGCACUAGUGAUGGGUGUCUGAGCUUGAUUGCUGGGUUAGCCUUGGCUGAGGGUGGCAUGGGUGACCCAACUGCUGCCGAGGCACAUAUCAAUGGUCUCUGUACUUUGAUCGACAUGAAGCGCCCCGAGGAAUGGCAGCAUCGGUUCUAUGGGAUGCUUCAAAGAAUCAUUCUGAUGGCUGGCAGUUACAUUGCUGCAUCCAGAGACCCGUUUCUAGAAUCACACAUCAUCGAAACCGACGACAUGACCCUCUGCUAUCCCCAUCCAUAUUUUACCAAACCCACAUCAACCCUGUUAUCAACUGCUCAAGUCCAAGCCACUAACCUGUCGCCCUUCUAUCUGACCUCCACACCCUGUCUCGAGGCCUGCAAAGCCGAUGUUGAGGGAGAAGUACUAUUCAACGUCCUUGAGCGCCUCACCUCAAUCUGCUUCACGCCAUACGACAACAAUAACAGCGAGACGACUUCACUCCUCCUCUCAGACACAGAGUCUUACAUCGCCAGCCUGCUCUUUCAACCAGACCCUUCCUCGUCUUCACCAUCCAAAGCUUCAUUUCACAAGGACCGGCAUCACAAAAAGAGCAAGAGAAAAGGCCACCCAUACAGUCAAGCACCACCAAUCUACUACCCAAGCUCAAGCCGUGCCUGGGCCGCAGCCGGUUACCUCUACACCCAUCUCAUAUUAUCCCCUCUCUGGACCCAAACCCACCAAGACGAGACCAUAGACCCCGACCUCCUCUGGCAUCUCCUCAACACCCUCCGAGAAGACAUUACCAAAACCGAAGCAGCCAUAAAAAUCGGCGCCUACAGCCCAGAGCUGUGGAUAUGGGCGGUUGUCAUAGCCGCCUACACCGUCCGUGUGUCUCUCCAGAGACAACAACAACAACAACAACAAGACCCAAUGACGACGGGCUUGGCAAGUGUAGCUGAGGACAUCUUCAGCACUACAUCAUCAGAAGUUUUAUCAACCUCUCAAACAGUCAUCUGGCACGGCCUCACCUACGCCGAAAGUUCAGAUUCUUCAUCUUCCUCGCAGGAUGGUAGCGGUGCUUCUUCACAGUCUCACGACAAUCCCGACCGAGGGCCCGGAAUUCCCAGCCAACCGCACACUUAUAUUCCGCCUGUGUCACCUCCACCAAAGGAUCACCUCCGUUCCCUCAAGCUAUUCUUCCGUCAAAAGAUCGCCGUAUGGAGCCAGACAACCAGGGUUGCGGAUUGGGAAGGGGCCAAGCAAGUGCUGAGUAGAAUCGUGUGGCCCAAUCAAAGCGCCGGCCAACUCACAAGUUAUUCUGAAAGGCUAGAUACGGUCAUGAAGACAAUUUGGUACGAGGCCUGUCUUCGGUUGCAAUGAGGUGUUCCCGUUGUAAACCACGAGCUUGACGUCAAGCACGCAAUGUUUGGUACCCCUGAAUACAAUACAGGGUUUCAAUGGUCACGUUUGGAACCGCGUGCUUCUGAGGACAACUAGACCCUCUAGGAGAACGGGCACGGUCGAGGAAUUCUUUUGAUAUGAAGAUGAGAAUUCUGGUGGGGAGAUAAUGCCGAUCAUCUAUAUAAUUGCACCAAAGCCUGCUUAAUUUUUG